GACACGCGAGGGCCGCGAUAAGACUGCCGGAGGCGCCGGGCGGGCCAAUGACGCGGGGCGGCGCGCGCAUGCGUGGUGGGACCCCGGGCAUCGAUUGGGGGCUCGCGCGGCAGUGCCCAGGUGUCGUCUGAUGAUGCGGUCGUCGGCUCUGUGGGUGUGUCUGCUGGCGGCGCUGGCGCGCGCGCGGGAGCUGGACCCUGCGGCCUGCGCGUCGCGCUUCGACGUGCAGCGAGACAAGAUCAUCAGGACGGAGGAGUCGCGGGAGAUGGGGGCGAGGUACCUGUCGGAGCUGGACGUGGGCGCGCGCGCCGAGUGCCUGCGCCUCUGCUGCGAGACCGACAACUGCGAUGUGUUCGUGUUUGAGGAGAAGAGCCCAGGCAGCUGCUACCUCUUCACUUGCGGUCCUCCAGAGGACUUCCGCUGCAAGUUCACCGCCCACGGCAACUUCAGCAGCGGCGUGCUGGCCGUCAGCCGGCGCCUGGCUGAGUUGCAGGAUCAGGAGACCUUGGCCAGUCACGAGCAGCAGCUGGCCAGCCUCAGAGUGGCAACAACAACUACAGCGCGGAGCACCACGACCACGGUAACCGCCCCCGCCCCGCGCCCCCCGCCGGCGCCCAAACCCCCGCAAACACCCGGUAAGGUGCGGCGCUGCAGCCGCUACCAGUUCGAGUGCCACACGGGCGGCGAGUGCAUCGCGGUCUACAACGCCUGCGACGGCGUGCCGCAGUGCGCCGACGGCAGCGACGAGGCUCCGGAGCUGGGCUGUCCCUCCGCCCCGCCGCUGGACCUGGCGCCACCGUCGACUACCACCACACCGCCGCCGCCGACGCUGAAAGCUGUGCCGGAGCCAGUGGAUCCUCCAGUGAGCAACAGCCUGGCGGAGAGCCCGGUCGGCGAGCGCUGGCCGCACCGCCUGGCGCAGGCGCAGCCCCCGCACCGGUUUACUGCCAAUGAACCAGCUACAGGCUCACAUAUCUUCAGUCAUAAGGGAGGACUUCUCCAGGAACCAGAGACUAACGUGAUGUCAGGAGGAAUGAUGGGCCAGUACCCCGCGUUUGAAACUCCGUGGCAGAGACGCACUCCCUGGAACCAACCAGCCCCAGGCAUGGAGAACAUGGUGGGCGGCUGGGGCGGGCAGUACCCGCGCUACGACUGGCCGGAGGCGGACCCGCGCCGCGCCUGGCCCGUGCCGCAGCCCAGACCUGAACCGCAGGAAAUGCCAGUCUACUUGCCUCCAAAGACGAUGCCGGAGACGGUGGGGGUCUACUCCAACCAGCAGCACACGUUGCGGGACAGUCCCAAGAAGGGCUUCGACCUGAUGUCGAAGCAGACCCAGCCAGAGGUCGCCACCGAGCGCGCGGCGCCCGCUGAUCUGGAAGACAUCAAGGUGGAGAAGACCACUGUGAUUGAAAGCACUACUAAGAAGAAGGAGUUGAAAGCUCAGCCGGCACCAGCCAGCAAGCCGGCGCCAGUCCAGGCCACCAAGAGGCCGGAGCCCGCGCACCAGCACUUCACCGCCAUGGACGACCACGACGGGCUCAGCGAACACCCGCCCGCCGCCGUUAUGUUGCUUGUACUAGGUAUCCUCAUGACCUCAGUGAUGGGGGUGAUGCUGGCGUGCCGCGCCCGGUCGGCGCGCCGCCGCCUGCGCCGCGGCAAGUCGCCAUUCGCCCACGACGCCGAUUACCUGGUCAACGGCAUGUACCUAUAGUCCUAGGCGCCACUAGGACUGUAGGCCACUGAGGAGUCCUAAUUAUACGUCUGUUGACGGUGAAGAACAGAGGAGGAGAGGUAUCUUUGGGAGUGUCAAUCAAAGUGUCAGAUGGCCGAGUGAAUGAAAAAGCAAUGUGGAAAUGCGGAUGUGGGAGUAGGAAAGAGUAUAGACAGAACUACGAUUAGAGUGAGAUAGCAAGUCCGACCGCCAUUUUCAUAUUGUUUCUUUAUUCAGAGGCGUUAUAAAGUGAAAUAUAUUUUGUAAUAUUGGAUCUCCAAAAUUAGUAUGAAACAAAGCAAUUCGCCAUCUCUAAUUAGAGCAGUUUCUUCCUCCUUUUAACCUGUUAUUGUUAUCUAUCAUGAAUGGUACUUUAUUUAUUACAAAAUACCUUAGGCAACCUGCAUGAUUUUAUGGAAGAUAAAGGACGUAGGUACUUAUAAAGGUUCUAUGUUGUUACACGCUAGAUCGAUGUGCCUGUGGCAUGUCGCUAACUACUAAUUAUGAACCAAAGACUGGUGUUGAAGAAAUGAAGACAUUACCCCAAGCUGCGUAUUAUUCUAUUCAAAAUGCGUUAGGUACCUACAUAUAUGAGAAGGUCCAAUAUGAUUUGGUUGGAGGUAGGCUAUGGAUGCUUGGAUUAACAAGUUCUCAGGGUUUGCCAGCCUACUGUUUGAAAUAAAAUGUUUCAAGGUUUAAUGCCUACCACGUUGUAUGUGUUUGUGUGUCGCUGUCGAUAUAGUGACAUCCGCGGCCGUUGUGGUUAAAAAAUAAGCACGUAUCUACUUAAAAUAUUAACCACAAUCAAUAUAUUUUAUGAAUUACUUAGUAUUAAUUAAACGAAUGCUUUAUUGUUAUGUCAUAUUCCCCAAUAAAUACACCUUAUAUCCCCCAGUGUUAACCCUCAAUAGGCCACAGGAUAAUUAAUGUUUGUAAUGUCACCUUGUUUUCAUCAAUGAAGUAAUUUGAAUAACCAUGCCCGUCUAAGGGUACUUACCUUGGUACAUUUUCCUAUUUCUAUAAUCAUAAUUUAUUUAAGCAAAUGUAAAGUACCUGAAUUGUAAAAAUCAUAAUUUACAUUGAUUUACUUGUUUAAAUUUGAUCAUCAACUAGUUAGCUAAUAGAUACGUAGGUAAAAUUAGUAUCAAUUAAAUGUUAAAUUUUAUAUGCAAAUGACAAUGUUACAGAAAAUAUCGUAGUCAAGUAUUAAAAAACCUUAUUGUACAAGAUUGGAUCGGUAUGUAGGUACACAAUAUUGUGAAAGAUAAUUGAAAACCUUUAACCGAUAUGCUGCCGGUUUUAUAAGUAACAAGCUAGGCAGAACUUACUUUUGUUUUUGUCACUAAAUCUUUUGUCUUAUCUUUCCCAAUACAUUAGAAAGUACCUACCGAGACUUAUGUAAUAUAUACUUAAUAAUAAUUCAUAUUAUGUAUAUCUGCUAUCUUUAAAUCGGUAAGAAAAUAAACUUUUAUUUCUGUUA